AUGACUGGCCCGCUUCCCGCCCGCUUUCGCGGUGGCAACGAGCUGUGCCAAGCUACCGUCCCCGGCGGCACUCAGAACGCCUGCUUCUCGGCGUGGAAUUGUUUGGAAACACGGCGAACAGGCCUGGCCUCAGCCAGAAUUAGCACACUGUCGCCAGCCUGUUGCGUCUUCGCCCCUCUGAGAGAGCCGCUGCUGCGGGUGACUUUAAUGUUCCAAUUUCACCCUCUGCUUGGGUGCCCCAAGGAGCACUCGAACAUUUUGUUUGCUUGUGGGUGUGUCUCCAUUUAUUUUUCAGGAGCAGCACAAAGGAUCCCCAAGAUCGAAUACUGUGUCAGCUUCUGGGCGGAAAACAUUACUUGCUACUGGGAAGCACAGCCCGAGACGGACCCUCCAACAACCUACACCCUCCACGUCACAGAAGAAGCCGGGCGCUGCCGGAGGGAUUUUGGUGACCAGAGGAGCUGCGUUGCCACGCAGGGUGAGCGCUCGUGUGGUGUCGCUGUGGAGAACCUCUUUGCUUUCUACAAAAUCCAGCUCACUGCAGAGAGUCAACAGGCACAGGCGAACUCCUUGGAGAAGUGCGUCCACGGCAUGAGCAUUGUGAAACUGAGUUCACCGGUGGUGAACAGUGUCGUGGCAAACCAGAGUCGUUGCUUCCGGCUGGAGUGGCGCUUGCCUGCUGACGAGGUGCUCUCUGCAACGCAGGCCCAGUAUGAGAUCCAAUACCGUGACACAGCAGAGGUGUCCUGGACACAGAUGAAUUUUACAGCGGCUGAGAACAUGCCAACCUUUGCGGAUGUCUGUGGAGUGUUCCCCUUCACCAACUACUCCAUCCGUGUACGGGCCAAAUACCACCAUAGUUCUUCCUUCAAAAGCGACGGGGAGCCCUCGUGGAGUGACUGGAGCAUGGAGAGAUUCGUGAGAACCCUCCCGACAGCUCCAUCAAGAGGACCAGCACUUUGGAGGAAAUUAGGGACCCCGGGUUCUGAUGGGAUGAGAGAGGUUGUCCUGAUGUGGAAGCCCUUGAAGCCAAGAGAAGCAAAUGGGGAGAUCUUGGCAUACAGCCUGCACUCUCAGAGAAAGGGGGAGACGGCUGUCCCGCUGUGCCUCACUCGAGACCUGCGAUGCACCCUCCUCCUGCCGGCCGGAGAGCGGCUGACCUUCUCCAUUACAGCCAGCAAUGCAGUGGGCGAGUCUCCGCCGACCAAGCUCGUGGUCCCACCGGCGGAUGGCCAAGAAGCGCCACCCUCUCCGCUGCCGGUCCUUGCAUCUCCAGCAGGUGACCACGGCAUCCUCUUACAGUGGUCCCUGCCCAGCUUCCCAAGAAUGGGCUACAUCUUUGAGUGGGGUCGGCUUCCUGGGAAUCCAGGUGAUGGCAGCUGCUGGCAUUAUCAGCCAGGGAACAUCAACCACGUGGUCAUUGCAGAGGCGAUCAAGCCGGGAAACCUCUACAGACUGAAGGUCUUUGCCCUCCUCGAUGGCAACGUUUGGGCCGUGGGUUCUGUUAGCGCUUACUCAAAGCAGAUUGCUCCUCUCCGUGCACCAACUUUAUAUCCCAUCCGAGUCUGGAAAUCCCGGGUGGAGUUGCAGUGGGAGAAACUCCCUUUGGAGGAACGAGGCGGAGAGAUCCAGAACUACACCAUCAGCUACGAGGAAGAGGGAAAGGACCAGAAGACGGCGGUGGUGGUACCAGAUAGCUCCGUGCAUCGCUACCUCAUUGAGGGCCUGGCGCCUGGCUCCACGGUGAGGGUGUCCAUCACGGUUGCCACCGAGGGGGGGAGCACAGAGGGGCCGGUUCUGUCCAUCCGCACCAAGAUCUACGAAUCAGCUUUCUACCCAGGCAGCUCAUUGGUCCAGGACCGCUGGCUCUGA